AUGUGUGAACGGGUGUAUGAUUGGGCUUUAUCAUACCUGAGUGACAACGGUCCUUACGAUGAUUACUUGUACAUUCUGACGGUGUUCACAGGAUUACACAGACAUGCUGGAACAAAAUCCAGAAUAGGUUUGAUGAUAAUUGAUGGGAAACCAAAGAAAAACCAUUUUUAUGAACCAGAUGUACGACUAUUAGAUGAUGAAACACAUCGAAGUUUUGAUGUUGGAAGCAUCCGGAAAUUUGUCAUGAGCGUUCCUAAACCAAUAAAUGACCCAACAGUAUUAAAAAUUUGGCAUGAUAAUAGUGGACAAGGAAAUUCAGCAUCAUGGUAUCUUAAUAAAAUCAUACUAGAGGAUGUGCAAACUGGUGAAAGGUAUCUGUUUAUAUGUGAUCAAUGGCUUUCUUUGGACCACGAUGAUGGAUGCAUUGAGUGUGCCAUUCCUGUGUCUGAUAAGUUGGAUAAACAUAAAUUCUCAUUUUUAUUCAAUGAACAAACUAGACAAAACACAACAGACAAUCACUUAUGGUUAUCGGUUGCCAUUCGACCUGAAGAUAGCAACUUUACAAGGUUAGAAAGAUUGGCUUGCUGUUUGACAUUGUUGUUUCUCACCAUGAUCUCAAGUGCAAUGUUUUAUGGACAAAAUACCGGAAGUCAAUUUUCAAUUGGACCGAUUAAAUUAUCUCUUUCUGGGAUAUAUAUUUCAAUUGUCAGUGCAAUUAUUGCUGCACCUCCAAUAUUGUUAGUAUCUUAUAUGUUCAGAAGUUCCAAACCUCGUUCAAAAAAUGAGAAGAAAACUUUUACAAAUACUAAAGACAAUCAAGAUUUUUCCUAA